GAAAGCUUCCUGGAGAGGUGGCGAAACGUCUUCAAAUCUUGGAAACCAAGUCCAGUGGAUAUAUUUUGAAUUUUUACAGAAUAGUUUUUAAUUCUUCGAAAUUGAUGUCUAUGAAGCAAUGGAAGGUAUAGCUGAAGGCUCUGAAACUCGGUUUGUGAAGAAAGGAUCAGACCUGCUGCUGAAUGUAGACAAAAAUGCAAUUGAACAAGGAGAUGAUUUUAACUGGAAAUGUAACUUUGAUCUUAUUAUAAAAUUUAAUGAUGGCAAAGAACCCUCAGUCCUUGGGGAAUAUCAAGGUAGAGCAUAUUUUUUUGAACAAAACUAUUCUGUGGUAAUAAGAAAUGUUCAACAUGAAGACAGUGGAAACUAUAAGGCAACAGCAACUGGACUUAAAGAGAGGAUUAUAGCUGAUUACACAGUCACAGUCCAAGAUCCAGUGUCUCCAGUCAAAUUAACAACACAUUCAUUUGAUGCCUGGGACUGUAAUUUCACUGCAACUUGUAAAGUGGUGGAUUCUGAAGUUAGUGGCAACUAUCAAUGUGACAAUCAGACCUGCUAUCCACUGAGCGAACCAGAUGUGAAGGACUCUUUGCUGACGGUCUACGUACAGGAAGGCUCUGUUUUAUGUAACCAUAGCAACAUUGUAAGCUGGACAGAUGAUACAAAGCCUUUAGUAUCUCCCUGCAAGAAUGAACCAGGUAAGAUUUAAGGUAACCAUGCUACUACUUUUCAUUUAUAGUAUUGAAGAGUUAGAUAUUUUACAUGGUAAAACCUAAAAUAGUUUAGCAUAACUAUGAGUUGAAUAAAAUGAAAUAGGCUCUUUUGGUUUUUAUUUAUAAGUCUAAAGCGUGUUUGUCUGUUGGCUUUAGCCUGUGUCCUACAUCAGGAUCGUUAUUAACCUCCAACAACCUGAUUUGAUAAAAUGAUAACAAAACCUGGACUAUUAUCAUUUUAACCCUAACACUCACACCUUAGCAGACACGCAUGCUAACAAAUGAAUGUUUUAAACAUUAUCAGUGGUUGCAUUGGGUCCCAUUUAUUUUAUCAGUUGCAUUUGUUGCUGACUCUAAUACUUACUCUAAUCUAACCUAAAGCAUGUUGAUUCACAUCAUAGUUGUAACCUUUGUGACUAAUGACUUAUACAAUUAUGAUUUUAAUUUUGUUUAACACUCCCUAGUUUAACCCGCGCACCCAGGAU